ACCUGGAGCCAGAGGCGGGGUUUCGUGGUGUGGGUCGGGAAGCGGCGCUGCUCUUCGGUUUUCUCAAGCGAGCUUCGGCGGCGCGGUUGAGCGACCGUGGUUGGUUUCUGUAUCUCGGAGGGACGUUCAUCGCAACAUGAAUGAGGCUGAAGGCCUGCGGCAGCGUCGGCCCGUUCGGCCGCAAGUGCUCACCGAAGAGAACGCGGCGCAGGCAGUCAAGGAUAGCAGUACUUACAGCAACAGGGUAUUUCGUGUAACUUUCAUGACUUUAGCUGUGUUAUUAAUUAUCCCAUUAUUUGGAGCGCUCAUUUUUCUGGAUUGUCCAAUAGACCCUCAGCCUAUUAGCUUUAAAGAACCUCCUCUUCUUACUGGUGCUUUAGAGCCAAAUGUUAAGCUUCGACAAGCAGAAAGAUUAUUUGAAAAUCAGCUUAUUGGACCAGAAUCUAUUACAAAUAUUGGUGAUGUGUUAUUUACUGGUACUGCUGAUGGAAAAAUUGUGAAGAUUGAAAAUGGGAAAAUUUCCACUUUAGCUCGUCUUGGCCAUGGUCCUUGUGGUACAAAAGAAGAUGAGCCUACAUGUGGGAGACCACUAGGAAUCCGUGUUGGACCAAACAAUACUCUUUUUGUUCUAGAUGCCUAUUAUGGGCUGUUUGAAAUAAAUCCUGACUCAGGUGCAGUCAGGCCACUUGUGUCUUCAAAGAUUCCUAUUGAAGGGAAGAACAUGUCCUUUGUGAACGAUCUUACAAUGACUCGAGAUGGAAGGAAAAUCUAUUUUACAGAUUCUAGUAGUAAAUGGCAGAGAAAAGAUUAUUCCUUAUUAAUCAUGGAGGCUACAGAUGAUGGACGCUUAUUUGAAUAUGACACAGUGACAAAGGAAGUCAAAGUCUUAAUGGAAGGACUGAGAUUUCCAAAUGGAGUCCAGCUGUCUCCUGCUGAAGACUUUGUGUUGGUGGCCGAAACAGUUAUGGCAAGAAUACGAAGGUAUUAUGUAUCUGGACUGAUGAAAGGUGGAGAGGAUCUAUUUGUCGAAAACAUGCCUGGUUUUCCAGACAACAUUCGUUUAAGCAGCUCUGGAGGUUAUUGGGUAGCUAUGUCAGCUAUUAGAGCAAACCCUGGAUUUUCUAUGGUGGAUUUCUUAUCUGAAAAACCAUGGAUUAAAAGAAUCAUAUUGAAGCUGCUCAGUCAAGAAACUGUGAUAAAAUUUGUGCCCAAGUACAGCCUUGUGGUAGAAUUAAGUGAUACUGGAUCCUACAGAAGAAGCUUCCACGAUCCAAAUGGAAUGGUGGCAACACAUAUAAGUGAAGCACAUGAAUAUAAUGGACAUCUGUAUUUGGGAUCUUUCCAAUCCCCUUUUAUUUGUAGGUUGGACCUUAAGGAUGUCUAAUUCUGAGUUGAAAGCGUUACUGCUGUCGCCUUGAAUUACUCUAGAAUGACAUGGCUGAAACACACAUUUUGGACAAAAAUAAAGAAUGGAAGCACAGUCAGUCAUGAGCACUGUUUAAGUAGCAGGAUGCAGAAUUAGUCCUUAUUAGGCAUGCCAUACUUAAAACCUGUGAAUUACCUUGUUUAAAUUCUCUUUCAAAAUGGUGGGCUGUGUAGAUGUUUUUGGUGCACUGUACCAUCUCUAUAGCACCUUUAUUACCUUUCCAGAAGGUAAAUAAAAUACAAAAUUACCUCAUGAAACAAUAUUUGUUGCAUUUAAUAUUUUAGAAAUGCUAUUCAAAUCUAUUAUAUGUAUGUGGUCAGCUUUCCAAAGUUCAAAUUUUUGUCCUGUAAAUGCAUCAUUGCUCUGAAGUUGCUAAUCUUAGAUGAACUAAUGCAGUAAACGUAUUUCCAGUUUGAAUCACUAUAAUGCAUGCACAUUAUAAUAGCAAUGCUAUUUAUAGUUGUCUUAAUAAAUUCAGCAUACUGCAGCUAUAAUUCCAUUUCUAGUCAAUACUAUUUUCUGCAUGGAUGGUUUUAAACACAUGAAAUUACUUGUAAAGAAGUCUAAAUCUGAGACUAAUGUAGCUUAAUUUUGGAAAAGCUGGUUCAACUGCCCUAUUGUUCCUCUAUUUAAUCAUUGGCAUAACUCCUUCAGGCAGAGGAAUGUUUUAAUAUUGUGAGGGGGGGGGGUGUAAAAAAAAAGUCAGGAUGGCAGCCAUAACCAUGCAAUCAAAGCUCUACUGCUUUUUUUAAGUGUGUCACUAUAUAUAUUAAAAAUUGAUGGGGCUGUGGGCAGAUGAAUGUGGUGACAUUUUUUUUAUCUGUCAACUGCAUAAAUCCAUUUAAUAGCCCUAGCUUUUAAAUGAGGGAUCACCUCUAAUGCUGCUGAAUAUAACUCUCAAUCCAACAGACAUGUUGGACAUGUUGCAGUCCAGUAACAUGUAGGAUAUUGUCAUUUCUCCAUCUUGUAUUAAAUUCUCAUACCAUUUCAUUGGUAUACAGUGGUACUAAUUUCCAAAGAAGCCUUUAUGCCUCUAUCAGCUGAUUAAAACUUCAUUAAUUUAAUAUGAAAUAUGAGAUUUAAUCUAAAGUCUGUUAAUUAUGACUUAAAACUUCUUUUUCAGAUACAUAAGAAACUAAUCUUGGUUACCCAAAACAUAUUUUUACUAAAAAGAUUUGGCAUUAUAAAAUUAAGUGCUUUCAUUAUGUGUGAACAAUUUUUUUUUAAAUGUUAACAUAAAGAAUUUAAAAA